UGCUCCAAAUGCCUGCUGUCCUUGGCGCCAAUGCGACGCUCUGCCUCGACGGUCCUGAUGGUGCUGUGUCUCCCUUUGGCAUCGUCGACGAGAGGUACAAGACCGUACUCCAGCUCGCUCGCGCUGCAGAGGCCGACGUCAUCAAGGCCGAAUACGCCGUCACCGUCGCCACUUGGGUCACUACCGCCUUCUUUGCCAUCGCGCAGCUGACCAAGGCAAAGCGCUUCCAUCAGCGGGCAGUGGCGGCGAUGAGGAGCACGAGGGCGGAGCUGUUCUGGGCUAAUGAGAUGCAGUACAGGUGGGACUUCACCUUAUCGGGUACAUCGUCAGUUCUGGGAUCCGGCAUCAGCAAAGACGACCGACGCCGAAUCCAAGAGCUGUUCCCCGGCGCCGACGUGGGCGAAGUUGUCUGCCGCCUGCGCCGACUCUCUACGCCCUCGCCAGAAGAGGACUUCGUCGUGUCGUGUAUGGAGGCAGACAUGCCGAAGUACCGCUGCCUUGUCCUGGAGGUUGGACGUGCAGACGGAAACGGGUCGUACCCUAUCAAGCUGCAGAUCAAGCGGCUGCCUCUUUCCGUCUCUACAGCUCAAAGCCUGCAGCGCAUCUUCGCCGUGGUGCCAGAGCAAGAGCAAGCAGACAGGAUCGCCGCGUCGGCUGCUUUCCAAGCCAGCAUCGAUGCUCGUACAUACGUGUCUCCCUCAACGGCGUUCAAGCAGCCAGAAUCACGAUGCUGAGAACCCAAUUCGCUCAUCAUUCCGCUCUCGCUCGGGGCGACAACGCCCAAAGCCUCGAGCUCACUUCUCACAAGCUAGCAAGCGCGCGAGAAUUCCAAGAGGCUGCGGUCCAGGUAUUGCACGUCACGAGGAAGAAGCUGAUCACAGCCGGCGAGCUCCUCUACAACUGGGCACCUGGAUUAGCACGCUGCUUGGUGUUGGGUGCGCGACUCAGUCGCAGGGAGGAGAGAGCUCUUCAGGCGUUGAUGCCACGAGGAGUGAAAUCGGCGCUCUACAAAGUCAGGUUCCGCGUCGCGCCACGAGACUUAUCGAGCGACCUCAUCAUUUCCUUGGCGGAGCAGGACUUCGAAGCUCUCAAGGGCUUCAUGCUCGAAAUCGGUCUCGCUACUGCCGCUCAAAGCCUACAGCGCAUCUUCGCCCUGCUGCCAAGGAGGACCAAGCAGUCAGGACCACCGCGUCGGCUGCUACACAAGCCAGCAUCGACGCUCGGAGAGCGCUCCCUCCUCCUGCCGACCCCAUUCUCGAGGCAGUCUGCCUCCCCCACCUUUAGCUCAAUACUUUAGAGUCUCUCUUUAUUGCCACGGUAUGAGCAGUCCUGCAGCGUCGCCACGAGAUAUGGUGCCGCUUGCUAAAUGAUAGUGGUCAUUUCAGACAGUAAAAGCAAUGUGAUGGCCUGUGCGCUUUACCCUUUGCCCAGCAUUUGCCCCUCGUCGCUCGAGAUGCAACCUCUCCUGCUUACCCUACCAAGCAACCCUCCUCCAGCGACCAUCACCACACGAGCAAUCGCGCACCCCACAACGCUUCUGUCAUGCGCCUUUCCUC